UCUUGUGUAAUAGGUUAUAUAGCCCAAUAAAGGAAAAAAAGAAGAAAACGAAGAUUUGUUAUAGGUUAGAAUUUGAUUAUUUACGUAUUAUUUGAAGAAAAAAGCAUUUUUAGUAGAUGAAAAUCAUCUCAAUUUUACUAUUACAUGUAAUGCUUUUAAAAAGAAUGGUUCACACAAAGUGCAGAGCCACAAAAUAUCCAUUCAGUGAAGUUACAAGGUUUAAAAUAUCAGAUGAACAAGUUCCUUGGACAGUAUGCGUACCAGAAUACGAUCCACCUGAAUAUAAUUCGAAAGUUCUAAUGAAUAAACCAUGGGCUGACCCACCUCUCGAAGAUGUAUCAUUUAAACCAAAAUGGAAUGAAUUAGAUGGAAAAAUUAAUCGCAAAAGUCACACUGGGACUUAUAGGAUACUCAAUGAGAGGCCACUAAAUCCUCAGGGGCGAACAGGAAUUAAAGGCAGAGGAGUUUUAGGGAAAUGGGGACCCAAUCAUGCAGCGGAUCCUAUUUUAACUAGAUGGAAAAUGGAGCAGGAUAAAAAAGUUUUAAAUACCACCACAAAUUUACCUAUUCUUCAAUUUUGUGCGAUUCAAAGGAAGGAUUGUAAACAAUGGGCAUUGCCUGGUGGUAUGGUCGAUCCAGGUGAAAAGGUGAGUGAAACAUUACAAAGAGAGUUUCUAGAAGAAGCUUUAAAUAGUUUAGAUGCUUCAAAAGAACAAGCGGAAGCAGACUCUAAAAUGGUUAGAGAUUUCUUUAAACAAGGGGUUGAAGUGUACAAAGGAUAUGUGGAUGAUCCCAGAAAUACUGAUAAUGCAUGGAUGGAGACUGUAGCUUAUAAUUUUCAUGAUGAAGAUGGGCAUCAUGUUGGAAAAUUCGAUCUGAAAGCUGGUGAUGAUGCUCAAAGUGUUCAGUGGAUGGAUGUAGAUAAAAAUAUUGAUUUGUAUGCAAGUCAUUCUAAUUUUAUUAAAUCUGUUGCUGAUAGGUUAAAAAGUCAUUGGUAAAAUGUUUAUAUUUAUAAUUACAUAAAAUAUUAUAUAAGAAAUUGUAUAGCUAAGUACUAUAAUGUCAUAUUUUUUUUAUUAAACACUAGUUAGU